AUGCCGGAAGAACUACCCGAUAGGCUUCCUCCUGCCCGCACAAUUGAGCACGACACGGUGGUGCAGCCUGAUGCACAGCCAGUUUCCGAGCACCGUUUCGCCAUUCAGACGUAG